UUUCCGGAAGUAGACGCACCGGUUCACACGUGUGCAGCAGGCAAAACCAUCAAACCGGAUUUUAGCCAUUUUAAAGCUGUGGGUAUUUUUAACUCAAAAGGGCUAAUAAGAAAAUGUCUAAUUUUUUGCUAAACACCCUUUUGUCCCACCAUCCCGAUCCCGAGAAUUUGUUCAGUACGUUGUGCUGGCCAAGCACAUCACGCCCCGACAUAGAGAAGGUUGAAGCUUUAACUGUUUUGAUCAAGGAGCUUUCCAAUAAAUCACAAGAGGAGCGCUUUAUUUGUAAAGUGCAGUCAGUGAUAUGGAAUCAAUGCAUGCCACUAAUGCAAACGAUCUCCAGUGCAGAUGAUGGAGGUAAAGAUAUGCUGAGUGCUGUCUGUGGACUCUUUGCAGUGUGUGUCAGUACCUGUCAGACCCAUGAUGUACCUGAGAAGGUAAGUCAGGUUCUUCUGCCUGUGCUGUUGUCGAGAGAUGAUGGCAACCAUGAAACCAGCAGGUUUGACAUGGAUGUUGCCAUUGAAGUCACAGCAGUGCUGUUAUCCAGCAUCUCAUAUGACAGAGACAUCAUCUCUAGGACCUUGUCCUGCACCCUUUGCUGUGUCAAAGAUCUCUCUGACUCCGUAAUCUCAAAAAUCAUAGUCCGGAUCUGGUUCACCAUACUCAAGUCCUGCGAUAAAGACUCUGAAUCAGAGGUCCUACAUCAGAUAUGGGAUGAUUUACUGUCAUGGCAUCAGAGAGAUCAGACCGAAUCAGUAUCAGCUCGGGUUCUGGUGUGUCUCACUUCUCUCUCCGACCACCUCUACUCAUCUGAAACCUCUCAGACCCGGCCGGAUCCUAGAAGAUCUCAAAGGUUUUUUAGGGCAAUUCAGGCCGGAUUGAUCCACAAGGACAGUGUGACCCGCAAACGGGCACUUUACCUGCUCACAAGGUGUGUGGCACUGGCAGAGAUCAAGAAAGAAGAUGUGUUUACUAGCGAGGAACCUAACAGGGAUGAGAUCCUGUUCAGAUGGACUCCAGAAAAAAAGCAGUUACUGAGGGAAUUCUGGGAAGAUUAUGCUCUAGUAUUAGAGACUCUAGAGGAAAACCAGAUUCAUGUGAUCCGACCUGUACUCAACAGGAUCGACAUGCUCGUUGAGACAACGGCGACUGACAUCCAAGGUGGGCUGUUUUCUCCAUCCUGGCUGCUGUGUGUGUAUCAGCGCAUGUUUCACAGUGAGAACAAGGCAGUUAUGAAGGAAGGAGUCAAUCACCUGUUAGAACUGAAAGCACUGCAUCGUCCUGUGUUUGCUUUGGCAUUUUCACAGUUUGUAAUCGGUCCUCUCAUGGAUGUUCUUGCAGAGAGCUCUCUCUAUCACAGAGCACUACAGCAGAACAUUAGAGAUUGUCCAGAGCUUGGAGUGAAACUCCAAAUGUUUAUGGUGAAUUUCUUCAAAAGUUUGCCAGAAGAGAACAGAGGUUCAGUGUUGCUGCAGCUCGUUCAGCGGUUGGGAUCACGGCACUGGUGCGCAGUUCCGCUGCUCUUUCUGUCCCAGGCCCUGUCCUGUCUGUCCCCUUGUCCUCUACUAGGAUCUGAUGGACUUCAUGCAUUCAGAGAAGUUCUGCGCUGCACUAUGAUCACUCACCAGGUUCUUCUGAGAGGAGCUUCACAGUGUUUUCUGCUCCGUGCUGCUCUCUGUCUGACAGAUGUGGUACUGUGGUUUUCAGGUUUUUAUCCCUUAAAUGCUUGUAAUCCAUCUGUGUCAGGACAGGUUCAGAGAGUGGUCAGUAUGGCCACACUUGCGCUGUUGUGUGACGUGGAUGAUCGAGGUGUCCUAAACUACCGGUCUGAGGCCAUGAGAACGCUUCACUCGCUGACCGACUACUUCUACCCUUCAUCAUCUCAGCAUCUCAACCAAACAUUACUGAAGCCCACAUCUGUGACAAUCAGUGAUCCCGUGGACAGUGUCGUGCUGAAGGACUGGGGGCGAAUCGUGGCCCAGUUUAUUCGAGAUCAGUGGACGUGUCUGAGUUUUCUGCAGAAGUCUGCUGGGACCCUUCGGGCUCCUGUAGCUUCUGAGGUCCUGAGGGCUGCUGUGGAUGCUCUAGCAUUACUGCCUGGUCAUCUUGUUUUGCCGGUGCUGGACUUCAUGGCAUCAGUCGUACCACAGGUGGUGCAGUGUGAUGAAUCUCUGUGCAUUGAGGCCAUAUGUGCAUCAUGGAAGGUGGUUCAGGCUCUGAGCACAAACCCUCAUGAUUUCUGGUCCACACUGCAGGGAUUCGUGCGCUUAGCGUUUCACCAGGGCCUUCUGCAGCUCACAGAGGAACAGAAUCACAGAAUCACAGCCUGCAUACAACAGAUUGUGACUGAGCUCAUGGAGUUGGCACAAGUCCGAUCAGGAGUGUUUAAUGUUCUGAUCCAGCAUUGCUGUGAGACGUGGCUUCCCUGUGGGGCAGCAGAGGGUCUCCAGUCAGACGUUGUGUUCAGUACGGCUCUCUUACACCUCGACAUCCUGACUGAGGCCUGUGUGUACGGCCCAGUGUUCAGAAGAGACCAAAGGCUUGUUCAGGAGGUUCAAAGCUAUGUUGAGCAACUUGGUGAUAGUUGUGCAGCAAACACAGCUGUCAACAGUGAUAACAGGGAUGAUCAAUUUCCUCGAGUGUGUGUUCUGGCUUUCCUCUGCCGCUUGAAUCCAUCUAAUCAGCUUCACCAGCGUCUGAUGGAAGAGCUCGUACAGCGACUACUGAGGAAGGAUGCCGAGAUUUCGAAAUCCAAAGUACGUUACUAUAGCAACUCCAUCCAGCACAGAGUGAAGAACCGCGUGUGGCAGACGCUGCUGCUGUUACUGCAUAAACUCAGACCGGAGUUUGUGUCAGAGUGUGUGUUGAGUCACGUGUGUGAGGCCGGCUUCUGCAGUAACCAAGCGUCCGUCAAGUACCUGAUAGAGUGGACCCUGAUCCUGGUCCUCCACCAGAACCCGUCUCGCAUCCAGAACCUGUGGAACUGCUUCAGUCUGGAUCAUGAGAAGACAAAAACAAGCAUAUGCACUUUUCUCUCUGUCCUUGUGCACCUGAAUGUCCUCCUCCCAAAACUGCAAGAUAAGGAGGCGCAGUGGCGUAGAGCAGUGGAGGUGAGCCUGCAGUGGUGUUUCAGUCAUAAUUUCAGCAUCCGUCUGUACGCCCUGCUCGCCCUUAAAAGGGUGUGGGAGCUGGAGGAUGCCCGUGUCCUCCCGGAGGAACAUCUGGGCGCACUGACCACAGUGGUUCAGGCCUGUUUACAGCAGGCUGAAGCUAUGCAGAACACCGGAAAUGCGAUGAAAAAUUGGUCUAGAAUCCAGGACCAUUUCUUCUUCAGUGCUUUUAACCCAAUCAUGGACUACAGUGUUGAGAUAAUAUUCCACAUCUUUCCUCUCCUCUCGGAGCUGGCAGAAGAUGAGUGGCUUCCACUGUGGAAAUUUGAAAGUUUUGUUGACUUCCCAAUUGGUGCUGCCCUACCCUUGAAGAACUCUGUGACGGAUCUCUGUGAAUUCCAGCCUGGUGACUGGAGCCAACAGGACAAAGGUGGUUUGGAGCAGGAAGAGCGCUGGGCAGAAGUUCAGAAGAAAAUCACCCCGUGGAAGCUGAGUGUCCAGGUGCAGGAGCCUGAGCUCAUGGCCCAGCAGAGAGCAGCACGCCUGGGCAAACUCACCAGCAACCUCCUGGUGGUCGCAUCUCUCAUUGACAAGCCCACCAAUCUGGGCGGUCUGUGCAGGACGUGUGAGAUCUUUGGAGCCAAAGCUCUGGUUCUGGACAGUCUGCGACACGUUAAUGACAAACAGUUCCAGGUCCUCAGUGUGUCUUCAGAGUUGUGGCUGCCGAUGCUGGAGGUGAAGCCUGCCGAGUUGUCAGAUUUCCUGCAGCUGAAGAAGAGAGAGGGAUACUGGGUAAUAGGUGUGGAGCAAACAUCCAACAGCCAGAGUUUACGAGAUUACACGUUUCCUGAGAGAAGCCUCCUACUAUUGGGUAAUGAAAGAGAAGGCAUUCCUGCAAACCUGCUACAGCUGGUGGAUGUGUGUGUGGAGAUUCCUCAGCACGGCAUCACCCGCUCCCUCAACGUGCACGUGAGCGCCGCCCUGCUGGUGUGGGAAUAUACGAGACAACAUUUAGGACAGAACACUGGGUCAUAAAACACAAAACAGUCUGUGUUAUUUCGCAGAAAACAUCUGUCAGUAUUUUCGAGAUGUUGCAUUGUACUCCAUUAUUUCUAAGGAAAAGUCUUGUUUAAGCAAAUCGAGUAAGUCAUAAGAGGCAUUUUGCUUGACAGGAUUCCCCAAAUUUGAGUAAAAAGAUCCACACUAUCAUCUUUUGUUCCUUUUCCUCUCCUCUGAGUUAUUUUUUACUCUGUAUUAUAUUUAAACGUGAUG